ACAAAAAUUGCAGGUUUGAGGAGAGAAUGUGUAGCAGGAAAAGUAUGGAAGUGAGGUGGGAGGGUGUUGCAGAUGGGAAGAGAUGGGGUAUUCCUUUGAAGGAAGAUGUGUCCUUGGAGGAUGAUUUUCCUCCUCUGCUCUUCAGCUCGAUGUUGUUCGAGAAGUUCUUCGAUCCAUCGGAUGCUUUUCCCUUGUGGGAAUUCGAGCCAGACAACCUUUUGAUCGGCGAUACGCGAGCUGCUAUUGACUGGUUCCAUACUAACACUGAGUAUGUCUUGAGCUCCGAGCUGCCUGGAUUGAAAGAGCAUGACCUCCAAAUCUCAGUGGAAGAAGGAAAGGUAGUGGAGAUCAGCCAUCAAAGGAGGAAGCCAGAAUUCGACACAGAUGACUGGAGAUGCCUCCGGUGGUGGGAAUUUGGGCACGUUCGAAGGCUCGAAAUUCCAGAAGAUGCAGAUUCUAGCAAGUUGAAAGCAUCAUUUGAUCAAGGUAUUCUAGAACUCAAGAUUCCAAAGAUUACCACUCCCCCUUCCUCUAACACAAACAAAGAAAACCUUAAACCUUAGAUAUUUACAAGUGUAUCACUAGAGCUUUUGUAUGCAUGGUAACACCACAUGGUUUACAAGUGUAUCACUAGAGCUUUUGUAUGCAUGGUAACACCACAUGGAAUGAUACUCCUACGGAAAUAUGUACAACUAAAACUUGGAGACCAAAAUAUAUAAUACAAAAUUAACUGAAA